CCCCAUUGUUUAUGGGGCGUCUCCACUUUCCCGGAGUUCUUCGGCAUUCACUUCUCACUGGCCGGAGUUGCGAACGCCGAACCUCCUACCUCGUUACACAGCACUACCUACUUGCUCACCGCUUGCAGUACCUCGCGUCGUCGCAACGGUAAGCCAGCUUCCUGCGAGCCGUGCCGCCGAGACAAAGUCCGCUGCGACCACGCGCUACCAGUAUGCACCCGUUGUCGGGAUCGUGGAGUCUCUCAGCGAUGCUUCUACCAUCCGGCGCCCCUGACACGGCCAAAAGAUCGUCGUAUAUUUCCAUUGGCGGAGGGUGUGCCAUUUGAUCGAGCCCCUUCAGCACGGUAA